AUAUAUAUAAUAUGAGGAAUAUGUAGCCUCUAGAUUCCACCUCGAAUGCUAGGCGCGAGCACGCAAGGUUUCAGUCAGUAAACUUGAAUCAUUAGUUACCAGACCAGAUCCUACCUAUAAUUCCUACCUAUCUAGGUUUAAACAAUAUUUUAGAAGCAAUAGUAAGUUGUUUUCAUUCACGAGGCAAUCGUGCAUGAAAAUACAUGUAGACGAUGGCCUUUUCCUGGUGCCUGUUUAGUUUUAUUAACUUGGCAUGAAGACAUUAUGUUGACCAAUAUGCUCGAAAUAAUUACGACGGUGGUACGGCGCUUCCUUUCAAGAAUCAAUCUCAGCGGAAUCCUAUCAUUACCCUUCCUGGGUGGGGGCGGUAGAACCAGAGGUACAGGUAACCUAAAUCAAAGACAACUUGAGACCGUUGGUACAACAGGUUAUACAACAGGCUACCGGUACCCAGGUGAGAUAGGGGAUGCACCAACAAAAUUAUACAAACCACAUCAUCCUAAGGAACCCAUCGUCUUCUUCAUAUUAGGAGCGCCCGGUACAGGGAAGGGUACAAUCUCGACUUUUCUCGAUUUAAGAUUCCCCAACUUAACUCACCUAUCCUACGGCGACUUAAUCCGUUACCAGGAUGGAAUCCCCGGCUCUUGGGUGAAUAGUUUGCCGCGCCAGAAGGGAACCAAGAAGCCUGACAUUCCAGCUCGUCUUGCAGUUUUGUUGAUGCGGAUCGCCAUCGAGAUUGGAAAGAUACACAACGGCCAGUUGGCUUGGCUCAUUGAUGGCUUCCCCCGUAAUGAACAUCACGUUGUAGAGUGGGUGACUCAAAUGCCGCAGGCUUGCUGCAUCUUUUACUUGUCCUGUCCUCCCGAGGUUUCGUUUGCACGUGUGCUCGGACGAGCCUUGACAUCAGGACGGCCGGAUGAUGGCGAUGAAUCGGCGGUGUGGGAGAGAAUUACGCGUUCCAUUGCUGAGAGUAAAGCGAUGCUCGUUGCCCUUGAAGAGUCGGGAAUGAAGAUUACCCGAGUAGAUGCUAAUAGGGAACCUGAAGUUGUACGAGAGGAAAUUCUUGAGGAAAUCAAGAAAGUCCUUGUAUAGGUACUAAUGCUCUUGACAUGUGCAACUGAAGGCGGCGAAACGCGAUCUAAUUUCUGAUGCAUCCGCGCUUGGAGGUUGUCGUUGGUCAGGUAAACCAAGGGAAAAAAAAUUAAAAAAAAAAAAUAUUCUAGUUGUGGUGGAACUAUGUGGAUGGCGAGAAUGAGAAGCAUCAUUCAGCAUCU